AUGGAGCUCAGGCGAACCUCGGCCAUGAAUCUGGACAAGUUCAUCAAAGACCACCUCGAGCCAAAUAGGUCUUUCCGCAUGAGGGUCAGAAAAGCCGUCAAUGAAAUCUGCAGUUUCCUCAAGGAGAGGUGUUUCCAAGAUGCCUCCCACCCCGUCCGGGUGUCCAAAGUGGUGAAGGGCGGCUCCUUGGGCAAAGGCACGACCCUCAGAGGCCGCUCUGACGCUGACCUCGUGGUCUUCCUCAGCGAGCUCAGGAGUUUCCGGGAGCAGUUAGACCGCCGCGGGGAGUUCAUCCAGGAAAUCAGGCGGCAGCUGAAAGCCUUUCAGAGAGAGACUGAGACCGGAGUGCAGUUUGAGAUCCGGAAGCCUCGACGACCAGGGAAGCCCCGCGCGCUCAGCUUCGCGUUCCGCUCCCCGGAGCUGGACCACAAGGUGGAGUUUGAUGUCCUGCCCGCCUUUGACGUCCUGGGUCUGUGGACGGUAGGGCCAGAGCCGCACAUCCACGAAGACUACAGACCUGAUCCCCAAAUCUACGUCCGGCUCAUCGAUGAGUGCACAAGCCUGGGGAAGGAGGGCGAGUUCUCGCCCUGCUUCACGGAGCUGCAGCGAGCCUUCCUGCGGCAGCGGCCCACCAAGCUCAAGAGCCUCAUCCGCCUGGUCAAGCACUGGUACCAGCUGUGCAGGGAGCGCCGGGGGAAGCCGCUGCCGCCGCAGUACGCCCUGGAGCUGCUCACCGUCUACGCCUGGGAGCGUGGCUGCAAGGUGACCUCCUUCAGCACAGCCCAGGGAUUUCGGACCGUCUUGGAAUUAGUCGUGGACUACCGGAAGCUUUGCAUCUACUGGACUAAGUAUUACGACUUUGAAAAUCCUAUUAUUGGUCAGUAUCUGAGGAGACAGCUCAAGCAACCCAGGCCUGUGAUUCUGGACCCAGCUGACCCUACAGGAAACGUUGCAGCUGGACCAGGCGGAGACGGCUGGUGGCGGCUGGCACAAGAGGCGGCAGCCUGGUUGCGUUACCCAUGCGUGGAGAAUUGGGAUGGGUCUCCAGUGGGCUCCUGGGACGUAGGCCUCCUAGGUAAGAGCUCCUGGGACACAGGGCUCCAAGGUGAGAGCUCCUGGGACACAGGGCUCCGAGGUGAGAGCUCCUGGGACAUAGGACACCAAAGAGAGAGCGGAGAUUUCCGCAUCAGCAUCAGUGAUAUCAGUUAUUCCUCAAUAGAUGAGGAUGAACAGAACCCUAACUACGAAAUGCUCCUGGAGAAACCGAGCUGUUCAUGCGCCAUUCUCUGA